GACGCACGGAGUGGUGUGAAGGAGCGUCGGGAGGGGGGACUAAUAAUGGAUUUCCUCCUUCUUACCCUCUGGUCCCUGAUUGGCUCAUCUGGCGUCUUAUGUGCGCUGAGCCUUGAGAAGUUAUGCCAGGGAGCAGACGAUUGCUGUCGGAGGAGCUCGGAGGCUGGAAAAAGUGAGAAAUGGUGCUUUCUGCAGAAGCACUGCUUGUGCCAGGGCUGGCGCGCGUUCGAAAACUCCAGGAGGAGUGAGGAAUGGAAAUGGUCACAAACGAAAACUCAGAUCCUAUCGGCUAUAUCUGGCAUUCAUACUUCUCAUAGGAAAAUUACUUUCUUUAUGAAAGACCAGUCACUGAUGAGAUAAUGCAACAGGAGGUCAGGCCCCUUUUGGCGAUCAACAUCAUCGAGCAGCUCCACCGGCAGUUUGCCCUACUCACUGGAGGAAGAGGAAAAGAUGGUGACCCCAUAAUCACACUCCCAGAGUUCUCUGGCUUUGGUAACAUCUCAGAAGAGGAUUUCCUCAAUGUUAUCACGUACCUGACCAGUGUUCCCAGUCAGGAAGCGGCGAGCGUCGGGUUCAUUGUAAUCAUCGACCGCCGCAGGGACAAAUGGAGCUCUGUGAAGUCAUCUCUGGCCAGAGUCGCGGGGGCGUUCCAGGGAAACCUGCUGCAGGUCCUGGUGCUGCGGCCUUCCCGAUUCCUCCAGAGGGCUAUCGCUGACAUCGGCAUCCGACUGCACCGGGACGACUUCAAGAUGAAGGUUGUCAUGCUGAACUCACUUUCCGACCUCCACGGAUACGUCGAUAAGGCCCAGCUAACGCACGACUUCGGCGGAACCUUGGAGUACUGCCACAGCCGGUGGAUCAACCAUCGAACGGCCAUUGAGAGCUUUGUGGUGACAAUGAGGUCUACAGCUCAGAUACUGCAAAACUUCACCGCUGAUCUAGCCGACAUCCAGCUCCCCGAUGAUGCCCGGCACACCAAGGACCUACUGGCCACCCACACUGAGAAGUACAAAAGGGUGAAGGAUGAACUUAAUCUUGCAAUGAAACAAGGAACUACUCUCCUUUCCUCUAUCAAAGAACCUGCCACCAAAAACACAAGCUGUAAGCUUAAUCCUGACGAGGAAGAGAAUAUAGCCACAGUUGAGAGGUUUCUGGUGCAGUUGGAGGAGACAGGUACCACAUUUGAAGAGUUGUGGUUAAAAAACCGCUUGAAACUAGAGCAGUGCCUGCAGCUGAUGAACUUUGAGCGAGACUGUAGAGAAGUGAAAACUUCAUUGGACGGUCUAAUGAGGGCACAGGCAGCCUUUUUGGACUGUGGCAGCUCUGCCAGUCAAGCUGAGCAGCUGUUACAUGAACUGAAGGCCCUUGAUGAGAAAGCUCAGGAAACCUUGGACGCGGCUCACAGGCUGGCUUUGCACGGCGACCAGCUGAUCCAGAGCGACCACUACGCCGCCGACCUGAUCCGGCCCGCGUGCGCCGAGCUGAGGCGCAUCUGCGAUGACUUCACCAACGGGGCCAAGCGGAAGCAAGGCCUGCUCAGGAAAUCCCUUGAAAUCCACAGACGGAUAAACGAGGUGAACAACUGGUGCGAGUCAGGUGUGUACCUGCUGGCCUCCCAGGCAGUGGACAAGUGCCAGUCACCCGAAGGAGCGGAGACAGCGCUUCAGGACAUCAGAAAGUUCCUGAUGACCACCAGCGAAGCCCAGCUGAGUGGCCUCAAAGACCUGCGUGACCAGUAUGAGGUCAUUCUUACUGCAGAAGUCAAGAUAAGUGUACAGAAGGCCCUUCAGAGGCUUGAGGAUGUGCAGGAGAUGUUCGAGAAGAGGCAGGCCAGCCUGAGGAGGCUGUCGGCCAAGCAGACCCGGCCUGUGCAGCCUGUUUCGCCCCGCCCCGAAUCCUUCCCAAAAUGCUCCUUGCCGCAGUCACCUAGGGACACCGGACCCGCGCCGAACCGCAGAGGUUCAGAGAACUUGAGCACUCCAAAACAGCCUGCUGACAGUGAUCUGCUGAAAAAGAAAAGCUCACGCAAGACAAGAGGCAGCAUUAAGAUUGAAGUUAUGCUUGAAGCCAGCCAAGGAGGAUCGAAUCAUGCACUGCUGACCAAUGAGACGGAGGAAAGCCUGUUGAAUAGACGGAGGCACAUCCUGAAGGAGAUGAUUGAAACAGAGAGAUUGUACGUGGAGGAGCUUCAAAGUAUCAUUGAGGGAUAUGCUGCUAAACUGGAGAACACAGAGUUAUCUCACCUAGUUCCAGUAGCAUUGGAGGACAAAAAGGAAGUGCUUUUUGGAAACCUCUCUGAAAUCUAUGAAUUUCACAACAGGACAUUUCUGAAAGAGCUUGAAGACUGCAAUGAAAAUCCAGAAUCAGUUGGGACAUGUUUUUUGAAAAGAAAAGAAGACUUGAAGAUUUAUGAGAAGUACUGUCAAAACAAACCUCGUUCUGAAGCUCUUUGGAGGCAAUAUGGCGACAGUACAUUCUUCCAGGAAUGCCAAAAAAAUCUGGACCACAAGCUCUCCCUGGAUGCGUACUUACUGAAGCCUGUGCAAAGAAUCACCAAGUACCAGCUGAUGUUGAGGGAGAUGCUCAAGUGCAGUGAGAGCGCAGAUGGCGCGGUGGAGCUGAAGGAUGCCCUGGCAACAGUUCUGGACAUCAUAAAGUCAGUCAAUGAUUCUAUGCAUCAGAUUGCCAUCACAGGGUUUGAGGGCAACUUGAGUGACCUCGGCAGGCUCCUGAUGCAGGGUUCCUUCAGCGUGUGGACCGACCGCAAGAAGGGCCACAGCAAGGUGAAGGACCUGGCCCGCUUCAAGCCCAUGCAGAGGCACCUCUUCCUCUACAGCAAGCUGCUCCUCUUCUGCAAGCGGCGGGAGGAACCGGCCGACGGGCGGGAGAAGUCUCCCUCGUACAGCUUCAAGCACUCACUGAAGAUGAGUGCGGUCGGGAUCACAGAAAACGUGAAGGGGGACGCAAAAAAAUUUGAAGUGUGGUACAAUGGAAGAGAGGAAGUCUACAUUAUUCAGGCACCCUCCAUGGAGGUGAAGAACAUGUGGGUGACGGAGAUCCGGAAAGUUCUGACAGGACAGCUGGAGGCCUGCAGAGAGGCAAGACAGCUGCACCAAAGAAUCGGUGACAGUGUUUACCACACUUCUGUCGAUACGUCCAAUGCAAAAAACGUGGGAAGAGCGUCCCUAAAGCAGGCGGACUCGCCCAAUUCCAAGGCGGGAACCAGAAGGGGGAGCCCCAGCCUGGCCCGGAAUCAGAGGACAGGGUGGGGCCGUAGUCCUAGUAACGCAGAUGACUCGGUCCCCGUUCCGUCAAGCGCGGAUGAGCUCUCCAACUCCUCCGACGCCGAAGAGGAGAUGAGCAACAAAAGCGAGGACCAUGGUCGGUUUGUGGUUCAGCUGAAGCACAAGAUGAAAGCACCACAGGAUCUUCCUCUGGAGCCGGGGGAAUUAGUGGAGUUCCUGGGGGAGGCGGAGAACGGGCAGUGAUAUCUUCAGCAACGUAUGCACCGCCGCAUUAAUGGACAUGGAGGAUGCGGAGAACAACAUUUUGGGGAGGACAAGCUGACCUUCUGAACCCAACAUAUUCCCCUGUCCUCCAUUUGGCUUUGUUUCCUCUGACAAGGAGUUGGAGAGAUUCACGCUCCAAUUUCAAUUUUUCUUUUCACCAAUGGGUGAACUACAAGUUCCUGCCACGAAUAUGUGGCACUGCUGUACCUACCAUACUGUGCUUACUAAGCCUGAAUAACUACUGAAGUCUCAACCACAUAUGUGGGAACUCAUUUAAUCUUUCUCGACAACACUUAGGAACUACAAGUCCCAGUGACAUGAGUUAAUUACUUAUGACAGUACCCAAAAAAACAAUGAUUGACUGUGGAUUUUUAAACUGGAUUUAUGUUUCAUUAGCAAUGUUGGUCAUGCUUUGAGAUACAGAGCCUUUGCUGCCGCUGGGGUGAGUUCAUUGUGAAAUGGAAUAAUUGUGGAAUACAGGUGGCAAUGUGGAUUGUUCCCAUGACAUUGAUGAAACUUGAGCACAGCCUACAAGUAAAGCAGCUUGGACCAGAAGCAGUGGUCAAUCUGCAGACAGACCUGCAUGUUUGUGUCUUCUUAAAUUGUUUUAAUAGCUGAUCAGCAAUCUGCCUGAGUGGUAUGGGUCUAAUGAAUGAAUGGUUUCUUUUUAUUCAAUCUUCAGUUUCUGUUUGUUCAGUUUAAUUUUUAUUUUAUUUAUUUUAUUUUUUUUGGACCAAUAGUGAUAUGAAACAAAACCAACAGCAUUAAGCAAUUGUGACCCUUUGAAAACAAACGUUAUCUUCUGAAUUAAAAAGACAUUAUGGCCCACACAGUCUUGGCCCAAGCUCAUAAUUAUGUUGGCUGUUAUUCCUAAGGGUAAUGUCUAAGUGGCCUUGGUCUCGAACAACAAUGAUUUGGAUUACCUGCAACCAAGAAGAAAGCUGUCAGCAUAGCUGGUUUUUAUAUUAUUUUUUAAUACAAUGAAAUGAAGGUGAUUCGUAUCAUUUACCACAAUGUAAUACAAAGCACUGAACAAAUUUAAGAUAAAUUGAAAUGACUUUUCCCUCCAAGACUGUAAAAUUGUAAAAAAAUAAAUAAAUAAAAAAAAAAAAAAAAAUCAGGGCUUAUAAAUGAGACAUGUUGUGCUCCUGGGACUUAUUAAAAGUGUUUCUCCCCAAAAGAAGUAUGACAUAUUUCUAUUUUUUUCUUUCCUCUAUGCUGUGUAUGUAUUUAAAAUGCAUAAUCAAUACUGUCAUUUAGAAAGACUUCAAAUUGCCUUUCUGCAGUUUGUUCAUGUGAGGAUAAUGUCAUUGAAGAACAUUUUGUAUAUGUUUUUUUUUUUCUGUAUAUUUUUAAAUAUAUUGAGAAAUGCCCUCUAUAAUAAAAUGCUGUAUUUGU